UUUUGUAACUGAAGUGUAGAACAGGCACCGGUACGUCCCCGGCCCGUACUCAAUCACGUGGCUAAAUAUGGGUGUAGAGAGCUCAGUUUUCCGGUCAAAUAGGUGACACCGAGGCACGCGUAGUUUUAGCCUGGAACUUAGCUCACUAGUGACUAAAAAGAAGAAGAAAAAAUCCCGGGAAGAGGGUACCUAACCUUGUGACUGCCGCCCGCAGGGAACUUUCGCUUCUCCGUUACGUUUCCUCUGGUGUCUGUUCCUGAAAACGCCGCUUGUUUUCGUGACUAUUUUGAAGCGGAGAGGAUACUUCUUGAGGUUUUAAUGUAAUGCAGCUUUCAGCGUAUGGUUGAAGACAACUGCGCAACAAGUAUAAGUUUAACUAUCGGCUGUUGGUGUUGUUGUUGUGGCGGCGUCCCGUGUGAACAGCUGACUCACCGAAGGAGGGCCGGGCCAGGUCAAACCGGGACGGGCCGGGACGCACCGGGACGUACCGGGACGUAGCUAUGUUUGAUCCCCAGGUUCAGACCCGCUGAGCAUAUCCUCCAUGGGUUGACCGCCCACGGUCUGAAGAUGAUCGGGUCACCGGACCUGCUGGCCUUCACCGGCACCGAGGGGUUUGGGGAAGGAGAGUUGGACCAGGAGGAUCUACCUGAAGAGCUCUCUGUCCCCCUUUCGCCUCCAUCCAACCCCUGGACCAGCUCAGCCCAGUUUCACAGAGACUUUAUACUGGUGGCUGAAUUUUCAGAGCAGGUGGGGCCCAAGCCUGUGCUGACGAUACCGGACGACCCCAGAGUCAUCGGAUCGUUUGACCUCAACCACUUCUCUGUUCGCAUCAUGUCGGUGGACUACCAGGCGUCCGGCCCCAGCCACGCUCCUCCCGCAUCCCCCGGCCCCCGCCUCAACUUCAGCGAGGACUCCAAAGUGGUUCUGGGAGAUUCGGCGGAGGACGCCUUUGCAUACGUUCACCACAUGACCCUGUAUGACCUGGAGGCUCGGGGCAUGGUGCGUCCCUUCUGCAUGGCGUACGUGUGUUCGGACCAGAAGAAGCUGAUGGAGAACUUCUCUGAGCUGUCAACGUGCUUCUCUCAGGCCUCCGACAGCCUCAAGACGGGAAACAGACAAGCAUUUUCUAUGGAGCUGCAGAGAAAAUUACAGGAGCUUGCGUACAGGCGGUUGACUCUGCUACAGAAGACAGAAGUUCAGAGGAUGCCAGAUGGGUCCACAGAGGAGGGAGAGACCGCAGAGGAGCUCGAGGCUGUAGAGCGCUCAAUCUUAAUUCACAGAGACCUCCUCCGCCAGGUCACUUCCUACCCAAACAGGAAGCUGAAACAGCCUGACUUCCUGCCUUACGACCCAGCCGACUCAGUCACUGAUCCGACUGCAUUACUGCCUCCCGAGCCCUGUCCCUCCCUCUCCACCUCCACCUCCUGCAGGUCCGAGCGCCGUCUGAAGCCUCUGCACGAGCUUUGCAAUGCCUACUUCCUGUCUCUGACGAAGGAGCAGCUCGCUGACACAGAGCGCCGCCUGCGGGGGGACAGGAGCGUGCUGCGGACUGCUACUGUCACACGGUCGUUGUCCAGGAGGCUCACGCUCGUAAACUUCCUGUUCGAGCUGUGGAGCCCAGAGGACGGAGAUGAGGAGGAGAGAGAGAGCGCUGAGUCAGAGCUGCAGAAGACAACAGGAAGUAAGAGCGGCCUGGAGAUGUUUCAAUCCGAACCAGUGAGCCUGGAUUCAUUCUUCUCCUGUGUGGAGGAGAUCCCUAUCAAACUGGAGGCAGGAGAAGCUGGGACAGUGACCCCUGACCUCAAUGUUGCCCCAGAGAUGACAGGAAGUAUGAGCAGCGGCGACAGCAUCGAAGUGCUCGGGACUGAGAAGUCUUAUCGGACGCAGCAUGUCGUCGCUGGAUCUGACAGCAGAGAAACACCCGUUGGGAUGACAGACAACUCGUACAGGCGAGCCACAGUAGAUUCAGGCGUCAGGCACGUGAGAGCGUACGCCAGACGAGCCAACAGUGAGGACAGCAUCGAGGUCCUGAGCACCACCGAGUCCAUCUUUCCUGACGACCUCACGGCCAUCACAGAGGAAGAAGCGGAGCAUCACCUGCUGAGUAACGGCGUUGAGAAGGACCAGGCGAUGCCGACAGAGUGGGAAUCUAACGAUGCCCUCGAGGAGAGGAAGACACCGAAUGCAAAUACUUCAGCAAAUGCGGAUGAAAACAAAGAGCCUGUUCGGGACGAUGACAGUCUCGGUGACAGAGACGAAACCUUGAAGCAAACAACUGUUAAUGGUGAGAUUAAAAUCAAAGAGGAGCAGUUUGUUGAAUGUUUGAAGAGCAAUCAAGUCUGUGAUGACAACUGUCCUGAGAAGACGUCCAAACUCCUGCAAGUUGAAGAAGCAGCGGAGUCGACGCCUCAGUGGUCUGAAGUUCGUCAGAAAGUCCAGUUGGUGCCUGAGCUUCAUGUCGACUUGGCCCCUCCUGUUGCCGUGGCGGAGGCUGACAGCUGGCCUCCGCCCUGCGGUCCUCUCCGGCUGCCAAGCGUCGACGAGGCGUCCGACUGCACCAGCUUCACCGGCUCCUCGGACCCGCCCUCCCCCACCCAAAAUAUCCACAGCAACAGCCGCUCCAAUCCGAGGAGGAGACGGAAGGCUGGACUCAGAGCCCUCAGGUUCCUCAAACAGAACUCCUUCUCCCAGCAUGCCGUGUUUUGUCUCCUGAGCGGCCGGCCGCUGGUCGUGAUCGGAGGAGACGAGAGUUCGGUCACAAAACUGCUGGACGCUCUGAGUCUCUUCCUGCCUGCACCUGGUCCUGAUGGAAACGCCGUGAUGCCGUGUUUGACCACGCCGCUCCAACUGACCGACCUGCUCACCUGGAGACUGAUAGGAAUACACAGAUCAUCCUCCAGCUCCUCAGCCACAAUUCUUCUCUCUCUGACUCGCUACAGUCGUUAUUUGGCCCUGUUGGAUCUUGACCAGAGGACGCUGCGCUGUCCGUCAUACUCCGGCUCGCUCAUCGGCAGACUGGCUAAUCCUUACGCCGGCAUUAGGAGAGGCAUCACCUACCUGCUGCACCUGGAGAGCUGCCUAACUGCACUGGCCAACCAGGCUCUGCUCUACACGUUUAAAACUGCUUUACAACGUCCAAACACUGCUGGAGGCAACGAUGGCACAGAAGGAGAGGACUUCCUGGUCACACGAGGAUUCUGUAGCAGUGAGUGCGAUUUGAGAGUGAUGCAUUUCCUGUGUGACCUCAUCAAACAGCGCCACACAGGGCGUGGACCACCAGUUUUAAGUUUUUCUUACAACUCAAUGCACCUGCACAGAAAUACAUUUGCAGCCUAAAACAUUGGAUGGACAAAAACAAUUGACCUAAAGUCAUAAAGAUAGUCUGUAAUAUUACCUACAACCACCAACACUGGUUUCUCAUUAGGGUUUCUGGUUUGUCAUCAUUUUUGACUGAUGCAGACCGGUGUUGUCUGCCAAUGAAGAAUCCCUCUUACUGUAUAUGUUUUUAUUAGCUGUGUUAAAUGUGUGUUUGCAUGAUUUUUACUCCAAGAUGCUGUUGGUCUUGUAUCUCUGGAUUACUGGACACAUGCACUAGUGCCUCACUGGCACCACAGAAUUAUACAUGCUAGCAGCCUCAGCAGAUGAAGUACUUUUUUUAUUGGAGUGUGUUACUUUUAAAUGUAUUACUGAAUCAAGGCAUUUAAGAGAAUUGAGCCACAUGAACACUGAUUAAUCCAAACAGGCUACUGAUCUGAGAUGACAUUGGUCCUGGUAUGGUAUUGUUGCUUGAAGUUUGUCUUUCUCACUGAUUCAGAACUACACAGAAUGGUAAUUAUUUACCUUUAUAAACUUCAUUGAAUGUAA